CAGGGGAGUCCCCGGCCUCCACGGCAGCCCGCCUCCCACCUCGCAGGACCUGCCAGGGGCUGGUGCACGCUCACCCCCGCCCCCCCAAACCCCACCUUUUUAAGCAAAAAAAAAAUUCCCCCCAAAUCCUUUUUAUUUUUUUUUUGCAUGGAAUUAGCCAGCGCCUAAACUCUCGGGCCAACGGCAUGGGAUCCUCUGAUGCGCUCGGGGGCCAGAGCGGUCUCUGCUGGGGAGCGGCCCGGGGGGAAUAAAUACACCGGCCGGGGGUUGAGGGGAUUUUUCUGGGAUUUUUUUGCAUUCUUCUUCUCUGGGUUACCCCGCCCCGGUUGCGAUCGGCUGGGGAGAGGGCAGAGUUGCGGCAGGGGGGAGCGCGGGGCGGUUGCAGGGGCGGGUGGGCUUCGUCUCGAAUUGCAGGGAGGAGGGAGGGGAAGGAGGGUGGGAGGGCGGCGGAGACCCCCCACCCCCACCCCGGGCUGCGCCAUCCGAGCGCUUUCUGAGCUCUUUUGCACCCCGCCGGAGCUGGGAAAAUGGAGGCUGUGAUUGAGAAGGAAUGCAGCGCGCUCGGAGGGCUCUUCCAGACCAUCAUCAGCGACAUGAAGGGGAGUUAUCCAAUAUGGGAAGAUUUUAUAAACAAAGCAGGAAAACUACAGUCCCAGCUACGGACGACGGUAGUAGCAGCAGCUGCCUUCUUGGAUGCUUUUCAGAAAGUGGCCGACAUGGCGACCAGCACACGUGGAGGAACCAGAGAAAUCGGGUCUGCCCUCACUAGGAUGUGUAUGAGGCACCGGAGCAUAGAGGCCAAACUUAGGCAGUUUUCCAGUGCUUUAAUUGACUGUUUGAUAAACCCACUUCAAGAGCAGAUGGAAGAAUGGAAGAAAGUGGCCAAUCAGCUGGACAAAGACCACGCAAAAGAAUAUAAAAAAGCUCGUCAGGAGAUAAAAAAGAAAUCGUCGGAUACGCUGAAACUUCAGAAGAAAGCAAAGAAAGCUGAUGCUCUGGGCCGAGGAGAUAUUCAGCCCCAGCUGGACAGCGCGCUCCAAGAUGUCAACGACAAGUACCUCCUUCUGGAAGAAACGGAAAAACAGGCUGUCAGGAAAGCCCUGAUCGAAGAACGCAGCCGAUUCUGUGCUUUCAUCUCCAUGCUGCGGCCAGUAAUCGAAGAAGAAAUCUCAAUGUUAGGAGAGAUAACUCACCUGCAGACCAUAUCUGAAGAUCUGAAGAGCCUCACCAUGGAUCCGCACAAACUGCCGUCAGCAAGCGAACAGGUCAUUCUAGAUUUGAAAGGUUCUGAUUACAGUUGGUCAUAUCAGACUCCUCCAUCUUCUCCCAGCACCACCAUGUCCAGAAAAUCCAGUGUUUGCAGCAGUCUGAACAGCGUGAACAGCAGCGACUCGCGGUCGAGCGGCUCCCACUCUCACUCGCCCAGCUCUCACUACCGCUAUCGCAGCUCCAACCUGCCCCAGCAGGCGCCCAUGAGGCUGUCGAGCGUGUCGUCCCACGACUCAGGAUUCAUCUCUCAGGACGCGUUCCAGUCGAAGUCACCGUCCCCCAUGCCACCGGAAGCCCCCGGGCAGAACUCGUCCAGCUCCGCCUCUUCCGAAGCGUCGGAAACCUGCCAGUCAGUGAGCGAGUGCAGCUCCCCCACCUCAGUCAGCUCAGGCUCCACCAUGGGGGCGUGGGCCUCCACAGAGAAGUUAUCUAACGGGUUUUAUCACUCUAGCGAGCCCUAUGUAGCACCUGUGGGGCUGGCAGGCCUUUUCCCUCAUUACCUGCCUGCCUCCCGCCUGGCCCCUCGGGGGGCCACUGGUCACCUUCCAGACUACGCUCAUUAUUACACCAUUGGCCCGGGCAUGUUACCGUCAUCUAAGAUCCCUAGCUGGAAGGACUGGGCUAAGCCCGGUCCGUACGACCAGCCCGUGGUGAAUACCCUGCAGCGCCGCAAAGAGAAGCGUGAGCCGGACCCCAACGCCAACGGAGGAGCUGCCGGCGUCCCACCUGCUCCCCCGGAGGAAGCCCAGAGGCCUCGGAGUAUGACGGUUUCAGCUGCCACCAGGCCAGGAGAGGAGAUGGAGGCCUGCGAGGAGCUGGCCCUAGCCCUGUCUCGAGGCCUGCAGCUGGAUACCCAGAGGAGCAGCCGGGACUCCCUGCAGUGCUCCAGCGGAUACAGCACGCAGACCACUACGCCCUGCUGUUCCGAGGACACGAUUCCCUCCCAAGUUUCAGAUUACGAUUAUUUCUCUGUAAGCGGCGACCAGGAGGCAGAGCAGCAAGAGUUCGACAAGUCCUCCACCAUCCCCAGGAACAGCGACAUCAGCCAGUCCUACCGCAGAAUGUUUCAGACCAAGCGCCCGGCGUCGACGGCCGGCCUGCCCACCUCCCUCGGACCCGUGAUGGUGACCCCCGGCGUGGCCACCAUCCGACGGACCCCUUCCACCAAGCCGUCCGUCCGGCGGGGGGCCGCGGGGGCCGGCCCCAUCCCCAUCAAGACCCCGGUCAUCCCGGUCAAGACGCCGACCGUGCCGGACCUCCCGGGCGGGUUUCUGGGCCCGCAGGGCGGGGCGGAGGAGGGCCCGGAGCCGAGCCCCGAGUCUCCGCCCGCCGGCGAGGGCCCCCAGGGCGGGGGCGGCGGGGGCGGGGGCGUGCCCUCCUCCCUGUGGAGCGGCCAGGCGUCCGUCAACCCUCCGGCGCCCGGCCCCAAGCCCGCCGAGGAGCAGAGACAGGCGGCGGCCGAGGACGGGGCGGAAGAACCGGAGAGGGCCGCCGGCCCGAGCGGCCCGGCCGGGCCCGGCCCGACCUCGGAGGGCGACCCCGGAGAGCCGGGGGCCGGGGCCGGGGCCGCCCCGCAGGGAGAAGACAUGCUCAACGCCAUCCGACGCGGCGUGAAGCUGAAGAAGACGCUGACCAACGACCGCUCGGCCCCUCGCCUCUCCUAGGGUCGGGAGGACCGACCGCCCGCCCCCGGAAAUCCGGUCUCGUCUCCAUCCGUUCCCUCCCGCCACCGAACCAGACCGUCUGUGGGAAACGCCGACUUGACCGGGUCUCUGGAAACACUCUCCACAAGGAAACGAAAGAGCAAAAGGCACCCAGAGUCACCGACGGAUCCCCAAUUGGUAUUUUAAUCUGUAAAUACGCGCCUCCCCCCUCACUCCACUCCCGACCCCACCCCCGUGCCCCACCCCGCCCACGAGAACCAUAGAGCUAGUUUUCAUUUCCUUGGACGGUGCCAAAUCCCAUGGAACUUUUUUAUAGAAACCUUUGUAAAAUUUUAAAUGCGUAAGGAGGCGGGGGAGGAACCGUAAAGUAGCCGACUUCGGCAAAGGGGCGGGCGAGUCCGGCUCUUCUGCCGGCUUUCGUUGGCACGUUGGGACGGCGUGGUUUAAACGAAACCACAUCGAGCUUAUUCCGGGUACAGGUGAGAUUGUCCCGUACUCUCUCGAGAGCUUAGGGCAGCGCUCUGCACGUAGUAAGCGCUCGGUGAAUACCAUAGACGACGGCGCAGCGGGCGGGGAGUGAAUCCUCCUUUAGACCCGCGUCUCGUCGGGCGAGCCAGGAGGAACCAUUGACGACAAAGCAAUAGAACACGUGAAA